AUGUUUGGAACGUGGAAGUACGAUCCUGAGACUGAUGAGGUCCAGAGCGUUCGCAAUGGCUUCGACCCUGUCACGGCCCGCUCUAGUUCCCACCAGGCAUGCGAUAGAUGCCACGAGAAAAAGCUUCGUUGCAGUGGGGACAAGAACGGCUGCGAACGGUGUCGGAGCAACAGUCUUCGUUGCGAGUACACCCGUUCGGGCUCCAAGAAGAAGAGCCAUCGCAAGUCCACAGACGACGAGAGCGUUUCAGGCUCGAGCUCUCGUCGAGGGGGCAGUUCGUCCAAGGGCUCGAGCAAGCACCGCGGGCACACAUCGCGAAUAGCAACUUCUCGAGAAGAAGCAGGCGGCGCGCUGAGUCAGUUCGACUUCUCACAGCUCAGCCCGGAGGAUGGCUUCGACCUGAACCUUUUGUCCGGCGCUGACCAGAACGGAGGCUAUGCCACGGCUGGGCCCUCGGGAGACCAGUACAACAUGCAGGCAUACGGUGCCAACUACCAACAGCAGUGGGAUGCGGCAGCGUACUCCCAGUACGGUGGCGGCCAGGGCUACUCGGGCGAGAGCUGGGGCGGGUAUGAUCAGAGCGCUUACUCGCAGGAUCCGCGGUAUCAUCAUGGCGGGCGCUGA